UGCAGUGUAUUAUACAAUAUAAAAAAGAACAGAUUUAUCUGAAUUUGUAGCAUACAAUUUUUUGCAGUUUAAAACAAUGUUAUGUUUGCGUGUUAUGUCCCGGGGGAUCCGAUAUUUGCAGUCUCCCGUGGCUCAUUCGAAACAGAGUAUAUUAUGUUGCUGCUCAAUGAAAAGUGCUUGCCGACGACCAGUGCCGGUUCUCAAAUAUUUUUGUACCGAAGCUACCGGUGAAAACGAAAAGCAGGUUUAUCACGGAGUAUUAACCCCGCAAAUACGAGCGGUAAAAGUUUUUUCGCUCGUCACAAGCAUAGGCGGACUGGUUGCUCAGCCAAUUUUGUUGGAGCAAGCAAACAAAAUCGGUGGCACUCCUAUGAUAGUGGCAAUAUGUGGGAUAGCUGGAUUUUUCACAUUUGUGACACCUUUCCUGCUGCAUCUCAUUACCAAAAGAUACGUUACAGACCUAAGUUAUGAUUCCACUACACAGGAAUAUACCGCAAUCACUAUUACAUUUUUACUCCAGCGACAGCAGACUAAAUUUCGAAUAAAGGAUGUGGUAGUACCGGAAGUGCCUGGUAUGUUCACGACAUUCAUGGUAGGCGACAAAUCCCUAUUUGUUGAUCCAACAUUGUUUCCGGAUCCGACGCAUUAUAUCAAAAUUAUGGGAUACGAUAAGCCGAUCGAUUUUAAGUUUGAAGAAGCGCGACGAACUUUAGAGCAAGAAUCCAAAAAGUAGUCACCACAUUGAUCAAUAAAAA